UAUUGCACAAACAUUAUUCUUGCAGCUGUUGUGAUGUAUAAAAUCAAAUAUAGGCUUUGUUUGUUAAUCUUUUCUGGCAUUAUACCUAGUAAGAAGAGUUCAAGUUUAAAAUCUAGAUGUUUUCCCAGUAUCUUUUCUAACCAAGUAUGUAUCAUUUUCCAAUAGCUCUUUGCUUUAUCACAUUAUUGCAUUUUUCUUAUGAAACACUUCUGGAAUUGAGUUUGGGGACAUAUAUGAUAAAGUUAUCAACCAAUAAAAUACAGAUAAGGAGAAGUUAUAGCUCCUCUUACCUGCAUGUUCCUAUUUCAUGUAAAAGACUACCAAUCUAUGAUAAAUAUUUUCCUUUUCUUUUGAGAAGAGCACUUUUCUGAAAUACCAUCAGAUAUAGUCUGGUUUUUUUUUCCAGAAAUGCUUCCAAUUAUAUUAUUUGGAGAUUUUCCUCUUAUCUUGCCUUUUGUUUUUCUGGCUCCUAUUGUUCUUUCUUCUAUCUUACCCUAUCAACCCAAUCCAUCCCAGAUUUUAAAUAAGGAUUUUUUUUUAAAGUUAAGCCAGUGCUAAUUUGCAGAUUAAUAAAUUAUUCUUUAUACCGAAGUUAUCCAACAGAUGGUUUAAGCUAUGCAUAUCAGGAUAGGAUGAUCUUUUAAAUAAUUCCUUUUUUCUCCACAGAAAAGUAUAGGAGCUUUGUAAGUGACUCUUCGAAGCCAUUGUUAUGUGGAUUUAGCCCAGAUCCUAAUAAAACGGAAUGUCCUUUGAACAGCGUUUGUGUGAAGAGUAAAGAGAAUCCUGAUUUUGGAUAUACCAGUUUUGAUCACUUCGGAUGGGCGUUCCUCUCAUUAUUUCGACUGAUGACGCAGGAUAGCUGGGAAAUUCUCUACAGACAGGUUAUCCGAACAUCUGGAAAAUCCUACAGCAUAUUUUUUUUCAUCGUCAUCUUUCUGUGUUCAUUCUAUCUUUUUAAUUUAAUCCUGGCUGUUGUCUCGAUGGCCUACGAAGAGCAAAAUAAAGCAACUCUAGCACAGACAAAAGCAAGGGAGAUGUUAUUUCAGGAAGCAAAAAAAGUGCUGAGGGAACAAAAGGAACUAGUUUCACACAGUCUCCUUGCAUUAUCAAAUCAACACUUGGAAAUACCAAGUGAAGAAUCUGAAAAUAAAAAAGGGAAAAGAAAAUUUAAGAGAAAGAAGAAACACAAAAACACAAAAUCCAAAACCUAUGGAGAAGAUGAAACAAUGUUUUAUUCACCACCCAAUAAAAAUCAAAAGGAGCUUAAGGAGAUGGUGAUGUCCUAUCAACUACCACUUGAAAUGCUUGAUGAUCCAUUUCAAAGGCAGAAAUUAACGAGUGCUGCCAAUGUGAUUAGCAAAACUAUGGAAUGGGAAGAACCCAAGUGUGAAUUUCCUCCUGGCCUGAAAGAAGCUAUCAAAAAGCAUCUUACUUGGCAGUGCUGUUCGCUGUGGCUGCAAAUAAAGAAUAUAUUGAAGAAAAUAAUGAUAAAUCCUUUAAUGGAGCUAUUUAUUACACUGUGCAUUAUAGCAAAUACCCUGCUCAUGGCAUUGGAAAAACUUUCAUUAUCAUCAGAACAGGUUACUGAGGGAAAUAAUGUGUUUACUGCCAUUUUUAUGGCUGAAAUGGUCCUCAAGAUGAUUGCGCUAGAUCCGUAUUACUAUUUUCAGUGCCCCUGGAAUGUGUUUGACUUCAUUGUGGUUAUUAUCAGCGUAAUAAACAUGGCGUUCAGCAUGCGAACAAUUUUCAGAACGCUGAGAAUCUUCAAACUUUCAAAAUUUUGGCCAGCUUUAAAUAAGCUUAUGAAAAUAAUGUUGAAAUCAGUGGGCCCUCUGGGUAACCUCACCCUUGUUCUGAUAUUCACCGUAUUCAUUUUUGCUGUGGUUGGCAAGCAAGCAUUUGGGACUUAUUACAGCAUGGUCACUGCAAAUGUUAGCAUCUGCAACAACGGCAGUAUGCCCAACUGUGUUUCCAGUAAUGGUUCCGAGACAUGCCAGUUGCGUUGGCACAUGAAGGAUUUUUUACAUUCGUUUCUUAUUAUAUUCCGAAUCCUGUGUGGAGAAUGGAUUGGUACCAUGUGGGAAUGCAUGGAAGUUGCUGGGGAAGGACGGUGCAUAAUUCUGUUCAUGCUGGUCCUGGUUUUAGGAAAUCUGGUGGUCCUCAACCUCUUUAUCGCUCUGCUGCUGAGUUCCUUCAGUAGCAGCGAUUGCGAAACAGAGGCUGAUAACCACAAACCCCAGCCUGAAAAGGCUGUCGCACUCCUACAGAGGGGGCUGCGCUUUGUCAGACUUUUCCUGUGGGAUUGGUGUUGCAAUGUGCUCCUGAAGAAGAUGAAGAUAAGAGGCACAGAGAAAAAGAACAAGGCAACCGUCACUGAAAAGUCCUGUGAGGAUGAAUCCACGAAAGAGAUCUCAGAGAACUUUGCUAGCAAGGAAUCCUUCGGGAAUUGGGAUAAACCUCCGUGGGAUAGAAAACAGGAAGAUUUUGUGACCGAUUACAAGGAGCUUCCCCCUGUUCCCCUGGCUGAACUGGAGUCAUUAAGUAUUGAGGAAAUGGACCUUAGUAUCCUGGAGAACAAUUUGCGAAAGAGGAGAGAAAUAUAUCAAGACCAUAAUCGAAGAUUCUCUUCCCAGGUUUCUGAAACUACAAGUGUUUGGUCUUUGGAUGUUCCCAAGAGAUCAGAUUAUGAUACGAGCUGUUCAGAGAUUAGCACAGUGGAUCAGAGAUCUCCUAUCAAUCCGGUGCCUGAAGUCAAGAAGGAACCUCAGGACUGUUUCCCACAAGUCUUCAUGAAAUUGUUUCCAUGGUGCAGAGUGAAUACAGAUGUAUUUCCAGGCAACACUUGGUGGAAAUUUAGGAAAACCUGCUACAAAAUUAUAAAACACAAUUGGUUUGAAUCCUUUAUUAUAUUCAUGAUAUUACUGAGUAGUAGUGCUCUGCUGUUUGGAGGGAGAUUUUCAUGCUCGAAAUUUGAAACUAAGAAUAAUUGUGUUAACAGCCCUAUCAACUUUGAUCAUGUUGGGAAUGGGUACCUGGCUCUCCUUCAGGUGGCAACAUUUAAAGGCUGGAUGGAAAUUAUGUAUGCUGCAGUAGAUUUACCCACUGACAAUUCUUCCCAACCAUGUUUUGAAAGCAAUGUAUAUGCAUACAUUUACUUUGUGGUCUUUAUUAUAUUUGGAUCCUUCUUCAUGCUGAACCUCUUCAUUGGUGUGGUUAUCGACAAUUUUAACCAGCAAAGAAAAAAGAUAAGUGGAGAACUCAUCUUUUUGUCAGAGGAUCAAAAGAAAUAUUAUAAUGCACUAAAAAAGCUUGGUACCAAGAAACCACAUAAGACUAUUCCACGACCUCUGAACCAGUUCCAAGGAUUUCUUUUUGAUAUCGUAAACAAGCAAGCCUUUGAACUUUUCAUUAUAAGCCUUAUCUUCCUGAACGUGCUGGUCAUGGCUGUGGAAUACGAAGAUCAAGGCGUGGCUGCUGACCAACUUCUUGAAAAGAUCAACUGUGCCUUUGUUGCCCUCUUCACUGGCGAGUGUUUAAUGAAGCUCCUGGCUCUGAGGCUCUAUUUCUUUAAAGACUCCUGGAACAUAUUUGAUUUGGUGGUUGUAAUUCUUUCAAUAAUUAGCCUUGCCGCAACCCAGCUUUGGCAACGUCUCAAUUUCCCGCCGACAAUCUUGCGAGUCAUUCGAGUGAUCCGUGUUAGCCGCCUCCUGAGGCUGAUCCGAGGCGCGAAGGGACUGCGCACCCUGCUUUUCGCCCUGUUGAUGUCCCUUCCUGCUCUCACCAACAUUGGUCUCCUCCUUUUCUUGAUCAUGUUCAUUUAUGCUAUAUUUGGCAUGGCUAAUUUCUCCUGCGCAAGUUGGGUACAAGGGAUUGACAAUAUUUUCAACUUCCAGACCUUUGGCAAUAGCAUGCUUUGCCUCUUCCAGAUAACCACCUCUGCCGGCUGGGAUGAACUUCUUGGACCGAUGAUCACCCAUCAGGACAACUAUUCCUGUGCUCCGAACAUUAACUCCAUGCCCCAGAAGAACCCCUGCGUCAAUAGCAAGCUGGCCAUUGCCUAUUUUGUCAGCUACAUCAUUAUUUCGUUCCUGAUUGUAGUUAACAUGUACAUCGCUGUCAUCAUUGAGAAUUUGAAUAUUGCCACAGAAGAGAGCACAGAGCCACUAGGGGAUGAUGACUUUGAAAUAUUUUAUGAGAUCUGGGCAAAAUUUGACCCCAAAGCAACCCAGUUCAUUUCUUACUCAGCACUGUCUGACUUUGCAGAUGCCCUGGCAGAACCUUUACGAAUACCGAAACCAAAUAGCCAGCAGUUGUUGUCCAUGGACCUUCCGAUAGUCAAUGGGAAUAAAAUCCAUUGUUUGGAUAUUUUGUUUGCUUUUACGAAAAGGGUACUAGGAGAAGCUGGAGAAAUGGACUCGUUUGAGUCCCAAAUAGAGGAAAAAUAUCCGGAGAAGAUUGCCUAUGAGCCUAUUGUGACAACUCCCAAGAGAAAGCAGGAUGAGUCUGCCAUCGUAAUUCAAAGAGCUUUUCGGAUGCACCUCCACCAUGUAGGAAAGAAAGCUUCUCAGGAACCCUGUGUAACUAUCUCCUUGGAGAAUAUUCCAGAAGAAGAAAACCUAUCUGUGUUCAGUCUGAGUGAAAAUGAAGACAUCCAGUCCAAUAAUUCUCAAAGCUUAUCUUCAGUUGUCAUUCCUCCAUCCUACAGUAAUGUGACUAACAUCGCUUCUGACAUUCAACAGGAGGAGUUCCCUGACAGUAAUGGUAAUACAAAGUGAUAUUACUCUCACUGAUUUUUCUCUUGUCACAGCAGAGUUUUCCUGGAAACAGACAAUAAUAAUAAUAAUUCAUAAAUAGUUAACUCAGGAGCUUUUCCAUUAGUGUUUGUAUAAACUCUUACAGAUCCACAGUGGGAAUUAAAGAUUGCAUUGGAGCAGAGUUCCCCAACCAUCUAUAUUCCGGAUGUUUUGUUCAUUGCGAUAAUCUGAAAAUUCUGGGAACCAUAUGUCAUUUCUGCCCUAAUGAUUUAUAUAGUAUCUUCUAGAAUCAAUCUGUGUUAUGUCAAAGGACAGGCAUUGUGUCAUUUCAGUGAUGGCUGGAUGACACAAUGAAAGGACUGGAGGCUAAAACAUACAAAGAACGGUUGUAGGAAUUGGAUAUGCCUAGUUUAAUGAAGAAAAUAU